AUGCAGGGAUCUGAGGAGAAGGAGAUCAAUGUUGUCGAUCCAACAAAUGAAGGAAAAGGUGGAUUUCGAGCUACCAUGUUCAUUUUCGCCCUGCUGACGUUUGAGAGCAUGGGGUUUGUGGCAAACAUGGUGAGCUUGGUUCAAUACUUUCUUAUGGUGCUGCACUUUGAUCUUCAAACUGCUGCAAAUACACUCACCAACUUCUUGGGCUCUGCUUUCUUGCUCUCUCUUCUGGGUGGCUUCCUUUCCGAUACCUAUAUCAAUCGACUCACCACCUGUCUCAUUUUUGGCGUGCUCGAAGUUCUCGCGUUGGUGAUAGUGACAGUCCAAGCCUACUCCCACGAUUUGUUACCAAAGGCCGAUUGCCCAAAGGACUGUGUCCACGGUCGCAUUGCCUUCGUAUUCUACACUUCGUUGUGCCUACUAGCGAUCGGGUCAGGCGGGGUGCGAGGGGCCCUGCCAGCACUCGGGGCGGACCAAUUCAACCAAAAGGAUCCAAAGGAGGCGAAGGCAUUAGCCACAUUUUUCAACUGUUUGUUGCUUAGUGUAGUAAUUGGAGCGGCGGUGGGAGUGACCUUGAUUGUGUGGGUAGCUGUGAACAAGGCUUGGUAUUGGGGGUUCUUCAUCUCAGCUUUGGCUACUGCUGUUGGGUUCAUUGUGUUUGCCCUUGGGAAGCCAUUUUAUCGCCUUCAUGUGCCUGGUCAAAGCCCACUCUUGAGGAUUAUUCAGGUUAUCGUUGUGGCUAUUAAAAAUCGAGGAUUGGCGUUACCCAACACGCCAAGUGAAUUGUAUGAGCUUAGCGACAAGUAUUAUAUGGAUUCCAUCGAGUCUAAGAUUGCUCGUACCUAUCAGCUCAGGUUUCUUGACAAAGCUUCGAUUCUCCCGAAGGACGUAGAGCCACAACCAUGGAAAGUUUGCAGUGUAACACAAGUAGAGGAAGUGAAGAUCAUAACAAGAAUGUUGCCCAUCUUCAUCAGCACCAUCAUCAUGAACACUUGUUUAGCACAGCUUCAAACAUUUUCAGUAGAACAAGGAAACACCAAAAUCAUGGACAAAAGCCUUGGCCAUCUUCAGUUCCCAGCUCCUUCCAUCCCUGUUAUCCCAUUGGUCUUCAUGGCCUUUCUCAUUCCCCUCUACGAGUUCGUCUUCGUCCCCUUCGCUCGGAAGAUCACGCACCACCCAUCAGGCAUCACCCAACUCCAACGUGUUGGGGUCGGACUGGUACUCUCGGCCGUAUCGAUGGCCGUGGCAGGGCUCGUGGAGAUGAAGAGACGACACCAAGCAACGAAGCAUCCGGACGAGCCGAUGAGCCUAUUCUGGCUAUCAUUCCAAUAUGGUAUAUUUGGGAUAGCAGACAUGUUCACCCUUGUGGGGCUAUUGGAGUUCUUCUACAAGGAAGCCCCUGUGGGAAUGAGGUCCCUCUCCACUUCCUUCACUUGGCUCUCCCUCUCCUUUGGCUACUACUUGAGUAGCAUCUUUGUGAAUGUUAUCAACAAAGUCACUAGAAAGGUAUCCCCAAGCAAGAAGGGAUGGGUUGAAGGCCUCAUUCCUGAGGACUUGAACUACAACAAUCUCAAUCUCUUUUAUUGGUUUUUGGCCAUUCUUAGCCUUUUGAACUUUUUUCAUUACUUGUAUUGGGCAUCGUGGUAUAAGUAUAAGACGGAGGAGCCGAUCGUAAAGUUAAACGAUGGAGGAGGAGGAGAACGAGAACGAGAAGAAAGUGUUCCUAUCCUUCAUGAGGAGAGGAGCGGAGGUGCCAUAAAGUGUCACCAUAGUGAAGAAAAAGAGCAUGCUCCAAUUUUUCACGAGGAGGAAGAGAGAUGCGAAAUCGACGUAAAGGGUCGUCAUAGUGAAGAAAACGAAGUGAAAAAUUAG